AUGGCGAUUGUGCUGGAGUCUUGGUGGGGUGCGGCGACGGGCGUCGUUCUAGUGCUGGCCGCAGCAGUUUACCUAUACUUCCUCUCCUGGUAUUCCUACUGGACGAAAAAAGGCGUUCCACAGGCGGAAACAGUUUUCCCUUACGGAAGCCUAGGAAAAGACGCUUUGUUCGGAAAGAUGAGGAUUGAACUUAAGCUACACGAAAUCUACAAGCGACAUCGAGAUGAGCGCUUCCUCGGGAUUUACGCACUCUACGCACCAGCCUUCCUGGUGUUCGACCCGGAUCUAAUUCGCGACGUUCUGGUCAAGGACUUCGACGCCAUCCAGGACAGGUGCAUACCGUUCGAUGACAGCGAGCCGCUCAACCAACACCUGCUGUUUCUCAACGGCAGCAAGUGGAAGAGGCUGCGCUCCAAGCUCACCCCGGCGUUCACCUCGGGGAAGUUAAAAAUGAUGUUCGAGACGAUAGACAGAUGCGGCCGUGAGAUGGUGGAAGUCCUGGACGACGCAGCGAGGAGCGAGAAAGUUGUAGAGAUUCGCGACGUUUCGGCUAGGUUCACGAUAGAUGUCAUCGGGAGCGUCGCCUUUGGCGUCAAGUGCAACUGCCAGCGCGAUCCGGACGCUGAGUUUCGGGUGUGGGGCCGCAAACUGUUCGAGUUCUACACAUCGGACAGGGUGGAACAGCUGUUACUUGCUGUCCAUCCACCUACUGCGAAACUCUUCAGGGCGAUUGUAGGCAGAAAGGAAGUUCUCAAGUACUUCGAGGAUAUGGUGAGGGAUACAGUGAACUACCGGGAGAGUAACAACGUGGAGCGCAAUGACUUCAUGCACCUGCUGAUACAGCUCAAGAACAGAGGCUUCAUGGAUGACGAGAAAUCUGGUAGUGCGAAGGCCCAUGACGACAACGACAGUAACUGGAAGCUGUCGCAGAGCGAGUUGGCAUCUCAGGCCGUGCUAUUCUUCUCGGCGGGCUUCGAGACGUCGUCGACGACGAUGAGCUACGCGCUGUACGAGCUGGCCCUCAAUCCGGAGGUGCAGCGGCGGCUCCACCAGGAGGUGGACGAAACCCUGUUGAGGACGGGCGGCCGCUUCACGUACGACGCCGUCAUGGGGAUGCCCUACCUCGACAAGGUCAUCUCAGAAACCUUGAGGAAGUAUCCGCCGGUGGCGUUCCUACCAAGGAAGACCACCCGCCCGUACCAGAUCCCGGGUAGCAAGGUGGUGAUUGACAACGACAUGGCGGUCAUCGUUCCCAACUACGCGCUGCACCACGACCCCAGGUACUUCCCUGACCCGGAGCGGUUUGACCCCGAGCGCUUCUCAGAGGAGGAGAAGGCCAAGAGGCACCCCUACGUGUACCUGCCGUUCGGUGAGGGGCCACGCAAUUGCGUAGGCAUGAGACUGGGCCUCCUGCAGUCUAAAAUCGGCCUCGCUCAUCUGAUGUCAAAGAUUGAAUUCCAGAAAUGCGAUGAGACUAAAAUUCCAAUUGAAUUCGAUCCACUAACCAUAGUGCUCAUGCCCGCAACUGGGAUUCACCUUCGAGCGAAGAAGAGAUCUGUGUGA